UCCAAGAGCAAUAUAGUGGCUAGGAAUUGUUUUCAAAAUUUAGCCAAGAAUUCACCCUGAUAUGAGCGUUUCAUUCACACUGCCUUUAUUCGGACAUGGAGUAAUUGCUUAAUCUUUAUUUCAUGGAGUGAAAUAACUGGAAAAUUAGUAGUAGUAGAAACUUGUUAGGCGAAAUGGGUUCUAGCUUAUUGAUGUCUGUAGUCACUAGUGUCAUUACUCCACCCAUAAAAAGCAAACCUUGUUGUUUCAUCAGUUUACCAUUGAAGCGUGCUAGCUACCGUUGUUCUCGUGCCCGAAGUACCCUUUCGUGCUGUAGUAGUCAUGCUGCUGAUGAUAUGAAUGCCCUCUUUCAGAUUCUGCCAUGUGACUUACGGGACACACUUUUGAGUGACCCCAGCCAAGAUCAACUAGUAGAGGUGAUUUUAGAUUUAGGCUGUUUGCCACAAGCACACUACAUGGAUGAUUCUGGCAGGCGUUACCUUCGAAACACUGAGGUCUCUAUGGAAGAAAUACAAUGUGUCCUCAAGGAAAUUGGACAAUUUGGAGGAGAUAAUAGAGCUGGCAUAGAGGGUACUUUGCAUCGCAUUUCCGCCAUUAGGAAUAGGAAGGGCGAAGUCAUUGGUUUGACUUGCCGAGUUGGCAGGGCCAGAGGACAGAUUGACAUGGUGCGGGAUUUGCUUGAUUUUGGUGAAAGCAUCUUGUUUGUUGGACGACCUGGUGUUGGUAAAACUACGGUUGUGCGAGAGAUAUCUCGUGUCUUGUCAGAUGAACUUCAUAGAAGAGUGGUUAUUGUUGACACAAGCAAUGAAAUAGGAGGUGAUGGGGAUAUCCCACACCCAGCAAUAGGGGGGGCAAGAAGAUUGCAGGUUCCAAACCCGUCGAUGCAGCAUCAGGUUAUGAUUGAGGCUGUGGAGAACCACAUGCCUGAGGUGAUCAUUGUAGAUGAGAUUGGCACUGAAUCUGAAGUUCAUGCUUGUCGUACAAUUGCUGAGAGAGGUGUUAUGCUUAUUGGUACAGCUCAUGGCGAGCAGCUAGAGAAUAUAAUUAAAAAUCCUACUCUGUGUGAUCUGAUUGGAGGAGUAGUAACUGUGACUCUAAGUGAUCAGGAAGCACAAAUCAGGAACUGCAGUAAAAGUGUUCUUGAGAGGAAAGCUCCAUCUCCCUUUCCCUUUUUGAUUGAAAUAAACGAGAGAAACUACUGGGUUGUACACCGGGCUGAAAGAAGUGUCGAUGCUCUGCUUCGGGGUAAAAAACCGCUAGUUGAGUUUAGAAGGAGAACUCAGCAAUUACAGGUUGUGAUUGAGAGAUGGAGAACAAAGGCCUAAAUACUAUUAACUUCUGGAACUGCUCUACUGGAUCAUUCAGCUCAUAGGAUAUGUUCAACAUAUAAUGGAGAGAGAGCUGUUGGAUCUCUUGGUUCUCAUUAAGCUUUGCGAUUUUGUCUAGGUCAUAUGGAUACGGAUUCUGUCUCAUAUAUUUGGCAUCGACCUAUGACAAUAGGUUUCUGUUCUCUUCUUUUUCAAUUGAUUAAAUGUUAUGAAGAUGAAAUGCUAGUAGGUCUCUAUCUCUAAUAGCGUUUGAACAGAAAUUAAGGCCCUAUUUAGUUUAUCCUUUAAAUAGCGCAUUGAGCAAAUGGUGCUGAUCUUUCUCUUGUGACGAAAUGCAUGUGUCAUUAUUCUCUUGAUCGAUUUUGCUAAUUGAGCCAAUUACGUUCCAGAGGUGCAGCUUAGUAGUUGUAAG